GCUUUUCUUUUCUGCAAGUUGGUCUCCGAUAAGUCGCUUUUCUUUUCCUCCUCCUCUGUACUUUGUGCUGACAACACCAGCGGAGCUCUCAACAUCACCUCCCGGCAGGCUUUUCUGUCGCUGUGUUUGGAUGCACUAGGACUUUAUUUCAGCUGGAUUAUUUACCUUUCACAUGUUGUGACUCCGACUCCGUUGAAGAGGCUUUUUGAGUGUUCACGGGCUUUGUUUUACAAGAUGGAACCAGCACCUCUGUUGACCUCCUAAAGACGGACACACAGAACAGCGUUUUUCAUCCAGUAGCAGAUUCCUCUGUGGCGCUGCCGUUGUUGAACAAGGCCUUGUUUCCCAUGGACCUCAGGGUGGGAGAGCGGGGGAUGCGCCCUUGCUCGGACACGGCGCUCCUCACCCCGCUGCACCCACCUUUACUCCUCGCUCCGUUCUCCACUCCGCCCCGCACCUCCUUCUCACAGCAGCAGCUGCACCAGCACAUCCGGUUCAACAUGGAGCAGAGGAGGCGGGAGCAGGAGCACCAUGAGAAACAGGAGCUGCAGCAACUGAAAUACAAAGAAAAGAGUCAGCAGAGUGCGGUCGCAAGUUCUCUGGUGAAACAGAAACUCCAGGAGGUGAUUCUCAAGAAGCAGAAACAGGCGGCGCUCGAGAGAACGAACUCCAACACUCUGACUUCAGCUCCUGUAGCAUACAGGAAGCUGGGCCCAGACCCGAGUGUAUCCUCCCAGCCUCUUGUCACUUCUCCAACACAUCCUCCUUCUUCUGAGGGUUCAGAAGGGACGCCGCUACGCAGAGCAGCGUCUGAGCCCAAUCUAAAGGUGAGACACAAGCUGAAGAAACACCUGAACACCAGAAAGAGCCCCCUGACCCGCAAAGAGAGCGCCCCAGCUACUGUCAAACACAGAGUACCUGACACACUGGACUCGUCCCCCAGCAGCAGCAGUACUCCCGUCUCUGGCUGCAGCUCUCCUAACGACAGUCUGCCCAAUGAGAACGGUCUGCUGCCAUCUGCAGGCGGCCUCUCACAUGAGGCCCAGAAGCUGCUGCUCCGAGACGGCACUCUGGCUAACUUCACCAUCCAGAGCCCCUCGACCCUGCCCACCAUCACAUUGGGACUACCAGCCAACGCCAGGGCUGAAGGAGAUAUGUCCUCUCUGAAGCUCGGUCAGAUGCCGCUGGUUACAGCCGGGGGCUCGCCGGUCUUCCUCCCUCUGAGCAGGAAGGAUCAGACGGGGCAGCUGAACCCUCACCUGCCUGUCAUCAUCCUGGAGCCCUCUGGACUGGUGCACUCUCAACUGCUCUCUGUUCCAGGCUUAGACCCCGUCCAGCUCCAGUUCGCCCCCCAGUUGGACCACCUGACUCCCGGAGGCGCUCAGCACCACAAGCCCCUGAGCAGAACACGCUCGGAGCCCCUCCCUCAGAGCCCCCUUCACACACAUCUCCUCCAGCAGCAGCACAACACACAACUACUAGAGAGGCUCAAACAGCAAACUCACCUGGGCAAGUAUAUGACUGUAUAUUUGCAGCUGAUGUCCAAGUCCAGCGAGAAGCCCAGACUGCAUCAGAUCCCCUCAGAGGACAUGGACUCAGAAGACGGCGGCGGGACAUCGCCAACAGAGCCAACCUAUCAGAGCAGAGCGAGGGCCGAGUCACUGAGGGAGGCGGGGCCAACAGCAUCCAAGAGCCAUGAGGAGCAAAUGAACCUGCAGCACGCACUCAUACUCAACCAGUCGUUGCUAUGGGAGCAGCAGAAGCAGCUGCAGCAGCUGCAUCGACAGAUGGAGACCCUGGCAGUGCCAAUGAUACGCGGCGGUGUCGGAAGUGGAUUGGGUGUCCAUCGUCCCCUUUCACGCACGCAGUCAUCCCCUGCCUCCACCUCGCUCACUUUGCCUGAGAAACCUCUGAGCCUGACCACGCAGGACGCCAGCAGCAAACCACGCUUCACCACCGGUCUGGUGUAUGACUCUCAGAUGCUGAAGCACCAAUGUACAUGUGGAGACAACAGCAGUCACCCAGAGCAUGCUGGGAGGAUACAGAGCAUCUGGUCAAGGCUACAGGAGAGAGGCCUGAGGGGACAGUGUGAGAGUAUCCGUGGUCGUAAAGCCACUCUGGAGGAGCUCCAGUCCGUCCACACAGAGCGCCAUGUUCUGCUCUACGGCACCAACCCGCUCAACAGACUCAAACUAGACAACCGCAAGCUGGCAGGAAUCCUCUCUCAAAGGAUGUUUGUCAUGUUACCAUGUGGGGGUGUAGGGGUUGACAAUGACACCACCUGGAAUGAGUCGCAUACCUCUACAGCAUCUCGCAUGGCAGCAGGCAGCGUUGUUGAGCUGGCCUUUAGAGUGGCUAAACGAGAGCUAAAGAACGGCUUUGCUGUGGUCAGACCGCCGGGGCAUCACGCAGACCCCUCUAAUCCAAUGGGUUUUUGUUACUUCAACUCUGUGGCCAUCGCCGCCAAGCAGCUCCAGCACAAACUCAGCGUCAGCAAGGUCCUCAUCGUUGACUGGGACGUUCAUCAUGGCAACGGCACCCAGGAAGUGUUCUACAGUGACCCAAGUGUUCUCUACAUCUCGCUUCAUCGCUAUGACGACGGAAACUUCUUCCCUGGCAGCGGCUCUCCAGCUGAGGCCGGUUCUGGAGCAGGGGAGGGCUUCAAUGUGAACGUGGCGUGGACCGGAGGACUGGAGCCGCCGAUGGGAGAUGCUGAGUACAUCGCUGCUUUCAGGUCUGUAGUGAUGCCCAUCGCUCAGGAGUUCUCUCCAGACGUGGUUCUGGUGUCUGCUGGGUUCGAUGCUGCAGAGGGAAACCCCGCUCCUCUUGGAGGGUACAAGGUCUCCGCCAAAUGUUUCGGCUUCCUGACCCGCCAGCUGAUGUCUCUGGCAGGAGGCCGUCUGGUUUUGGCCCUUGAGGGAGGUCAUGACCUCACAGCUAUCUGCGACGCAUCAGAAGCCUGUGUCAGCGCACUCUUGGGCAUACAGGAUCCACUGGCAGAAGAAGUCCUCCUCCAGAAGCCCAAUGCUAACGCAGUCCGCUCGCUGCAGACCGUCAUACAGAUACAGAGUCAGUACUGGCAGAGUGUGAAGGCCUCCAGUGCAUCAGUGGGUCUGUCUCACCUGGCUGCUCAGAGGAGAGACUGUGAGGAGACGGACGCUGUCAACGCUUUGGCCUCGCUCUCUGUGGGAGUGCUUUCCAACAAGAGCCUUCCAGAUGAGCCGAUGGAGCAUGACAGCGACUCCAUGUAGACGACCAAAGUGACCGAUCACCUCUCACGUUCAGGAUUUUGGGGCCCCACCGACUUCCUGCGCUGUUAUACGACCAUAAGGGGACUUUCUUUUUUGUGAUGCCACUGAGCCCCACCCAUCUGCCUUAUUCACACUUCAUCCACACAUCGAAAAAAAAAAACACAAUGCUGAACCUCGACGGACCCGCUGUACGACCACCUCAAUGCUGGUGAGCACUCAGCUGACGCCAGCAGCACUACCUGCAACCGGGGAACCUUCAGAAACCUCACCAAAGAGCAAUACAAGACAUUUUUGAAUAGACUUUUACAUCUCUGGUGACUAACGGAGGACUUUGUGUAUUAAGUACCAAACCUUUGAGCUACAGACAGAAUUCCAAGGAGCACUAUGUUUUUACCAGCAGCUGCUUUAAUCGCCUUAACUUUGCCUUAACGUCAAACAUCAGGUGCAGAAGGAGGACACUUUGGAUUAUAAAUUCCUUUUUCCUUUGCCACUUUGCAAUUUCAAAAAUGCAGACCAAACAAGAUGCAAAAAGGCUGACAGGGAUACAGACCCUCAAACGUCAGGAGAAAGCACACACACACAAAAUAUCACAGAGAAGGCAGCAGCUUCAAAUUCCCAGGAGGCGCAGAGAUGAUCUGUUUUCAUGAUGUCAUAACUCGCAGUUUAACCACUAAAAGAAGACGACAAAGAACUCGACAAAGAAGGAACGAGAGGAACAUGAAGAUUACAAACUGUGGUUUUUUUGUCGAAACAGAGAAAGAGGGCAGAUGUCCUCGUUGUUUUUUAUUGCACUGUUCAUUCCAUAAUGUGAACCAUGAGAAAUUCCAAAGCUCUGUGUGGGGGGAGGGGGGAGGGGGGGGGGGAAGAAACACAACUUUGUAGGUUAUUUAAUAGUUUUGGAUACGAUUGUGUUCCCCGACGCUUCAUCUGACAUGUCUUAUGAAGUCUCUGACUCAACUCAAAGGCCGACAUACUGUAGAGUUGUAUUUGAUAUGAAGUGAAUCUGUAGGCAAAAACAUUUAAAAAGCAGGAUGACUUUUCCUCUGCUGUUCUGUGUCUUAAAUACAUUUAUACUGACACACACACACACACACACACACACACAUACACACAAUGAUGAACUGUGUAUCUACCACUAGUAUUGAUUACUGUAUAUUCUUGUUUAUAUUUGAGACUAAAGGAGCGCUCAUUCCACCGCAGCACCACUUGAGGACCAUCGUAUUGUUUGAUAUGAGCAAUAAUGUUAAUGCACUUAACGACACCACCCAAAGACGAACGCCUUGAAGCAGCCCGCUCUCCCCUAAGAGCCUGUACAGAGGCGCACCACAAGGGACCGGUCGACGGGGACUCGACAUGUGAAAGACGUUUGAACCUGUGGAUUCUGAUGAACGUCACAUAUGCAGACUUUUGAGUACAAAGACCUGGGCCUGGUUUAAACGCUGUCUUUAUCAUCGAAUUAAUCCGAUCUGGAGUUUUAGGCUUCAUCGAGGUCUAAUUAAGGAAACUUGAGGCUCGUCAUGUUACAAUCAACCUUGACAACGCCAUAAUAGAAAUGGCGGUACGUCAUCUAAGCUGAAUGAUGUUUGGAGUAGAGAUGCACCAUCUUUGAUUUCAAGAGAAAUCCAAUUUAUUGAUAUUUUCCAAAUCAAAUUGGCCGGUUGCAAAACUUAUUUUCCGACCUAUUUUUGUAAAGACCCUUAAGUGUCUCUUGCAGUUUUUUAUGCCUGAAGUUAUCGGUGCAAAGAAAGGAAUCCAGCCAUCCAUUAUCUGUACCACUCUUAUCGUUUAGGGUCAAGACGGGGAUGUAGCCAGUCCCAGCUGUCAUUGGGCGAGAGUCGCCAGUCAGUAGAAAAUAAUGCUUUUCAAAAAAAUGUAAUUUACUGGGAAUAAUACAAAAAAAAAAACUUAUUUUAGGAAGCAGGAUGAAAACAUUUCGUAUUUGGUUUAAUGAUUUUGAAUCAUUAUAUAAACCUUUCUUACAUUUGUUUAAGCCACCUCCCCUUAUUGGAAUAACCCAAAACUUUCUGGAUUAUAGUUAAAGCGUCAACUCCAAAAAUGUUAUUGAAUGUUGAUGACCAUGAAAAAAAACAAAAGCCUUCAUUGACAGGUAUCAUCCUGCAUCCUCAGUUUGCAGCAGAGGUUUUACUUUUAUUUAUUCAUUCAAGCAAUUCCCUGACUGCCUCCUCGAUGAUCAUGACGGCAACUUUGCAUUCAAGAAGAAGAAAUAACAUGAUGUUACAUUAGAGGAUUAUUUUGUAGCAACCUAAAGCCUGUCAGAGUUAUUUUGUAUGCACACUUAGUUAAAUCUUUUAAGGCCUCGUUAACCAAAAUUAAUAUUUGUUGAAGAGCGCUGCAGAUCGACUAGUAUAAAAGAUUAAACAAAAAAAGAUGGUGGCCAAAAUAAUAAACAGUUUGUGUUUAAGACGUUAGAGCUUCUUGACUCUGAAACCUUCCAAUGAAAAAAAAGAUUUUUGUGUUUGUGUGUAAAUGCAUCUUUUGUAAAAAAAAAAAACCUACACGGGUCGAUUUGACCAGCCGAAUGAAGAAUUGUAAUCUUAGCGUCCAGGUAGGAAACUGUUCCGUUCGCUUUACUUUGUCAGACUCUGGGCAUUUUCUGCCCACCAGAAGGCCUUGGAGCUUAAUAUCAAACAACAGGUAGGCAGUAGAAACCAAAAAAAAAAAAAAAACACAGACGUCCAAAUGCUGUUGCAGCGCUGCUCCAUCCCAGAAGGCAUUAUUGAGAACAUGUUGCAUGGAGGAGGAUUGCUGUUCUGUGAUUGGUGCAACUGAGAAGUGUGUCAUUAGUUUUAUUGUUUGUUUAUAGUGUUGUAAACAGGAUGUUAGACUUUGUGUCUGUUACACAGUGUGCCCAGCAGGUGCAUGUGGUGUCUAUGAAGUAACCGUAGUGUGAUGCAUCUUCAGUGUGUGUGUGUGUGUGUGUGUGUGAGAGAGAGAGAGAGAGUGUGGGCAAUUUACACAUCUUGUGUAGAUUUCCACCAUGUAGUUGUGCAUGCAUUUGCAAGUCUAAGUGUGUGUGUGUGUGUGUGUGUGUGUGUGUGUUUGUGAAAUACUGUAAAUGACCUCUCCUGUAUCAUACCCCCAGUAGCUGUUUUUUUGUGUCUUAUGCAGAGGUCUGUAUCGCCUCACAUCUUAAUUCCUUUUAUUACUGAUGAUGUCAUUUGUACCUUUCUUAAAAAAAUUUAAACACUGUAAAUAGAAACUCCCAAGACCAAAAUACACAACACACACACACAAGUGCCUUAAUGCAUUGAGUAGUAUGUGUGUGUGUAUUGGUAACUCUUAACUAACUGGACUUACAGUAACUCUGUAUCUAUAAACAUGACGUUGAAAUCUUUGUUUCAUGCUGUUCUUCUAUCAUUUAUCUAUCAUGUGUUGUUUUUUCCUACACAUUUCCUACCAUGUGUAUGUAUAGAAAGAUGGUCUAUUUUGUACUUUGUAUUUUUGUCUUCUCUUGAUUAAAAAAAAAAAAAGUUAAUUUCCA